CUUGUACUUUGUUCCUAUUGAUUCCCUUAGUUGUACAUUGUUGUAUUUUGAUUACAUUUGAGUUGUUAAUACUUGUAUUUUUUAUUAUAGUUUUUGUUUUCUUACGCAUUCACUAAGUUUGUGUUUCUUCCUGAACUGCAUCUGUGUUGUUUUACUUGACACUUGUCCUUGGCGGUAGCCAUAUUGAUUUGUUCCUCCUGUUGUGUGUGAUCUAUCCAGCCAGGAUAGAAUAACGUUGAUUUGUUGUGAUUGAUUUGAUCAAGUGAACAAUUAUUGGUUGGAUAGCUGAGUGGUUAUAUUUGUUUAGAACCGCUAUCUUACCUAAUUACUUUGUUUUGGUUUCAAUCGGGCGAGGGCGCGUAUCUAACUCAUCCAGACAGCUGUCCAGCAGUCCAAACGUAGUUUGGAUCUUACAGUUCUAAACAAAUAUUUGGUCGAAUUCGUUUGGCUUUCGUUUCGUUGAUUCCAAUCAUCGUCUCUGGGAAUAUCUGGUUGUUCGCUUCCGAUGCCAAACAAUCGUCGAAGGAAAUUAAGUCCAAGGCUUGUGGAUGUUAAAAGAGAUGAACAAAAGGAUGGAUCCCCUCAAUCAAGGCAAGUGCCUUCUGAUGCUUCUAUGUGUCAUGGUUCAUAUUCUAAUAAGGACGAUUGUAAUUAUAGUGAAUCUAGUUGUGAUAUAAUGGCAGAUGGCAUAGAGAAUCUUAAUUUAGACGUGAAGCAAGCAAAAAGCGUAAGGCCUACGGCGUUUUUCAUAGGUCCAGAGUUACCAAAGGUUGAGUUAAGUUAUUUUGACGGUCAACCAAGAGGUUACUGGAAGUUUUUAAGGGAGUUUGAGACCUAUGUGGAAUCAAGGGUCAAGGAUGAUGGUCAACGCUUGCUUUAUUUGAUACAUUAUUGUAAGGGUAAAGCGAAAACAGCCAUUGAGGGUUGUGUUAUGUUGGAAGCCUCUUUUGGUUACAAGAAGGCCAAAGAAAUUCUAAAACGGUUGUUCGGACAGGCGCAUGUAAUCGCUCGGGAGACUUUAGAGGACUUAUUCAAAACUACAAAUGUUGAUUACAGUGAUCCUGAGCAACUAACAAAUCUAGCUAUUAGAAUGGAAAAUUGUUCUAUGGUUUUGAAACAGAUGAAGUAUACUGCCGACUUAAAUUCUCUAAUUACCUUAGAGAGAAUAGUAGGACUCUUACCUCAAGUUAUGCAAGCCCAGUGGGCGGACUGGGUGGAUGAAUUGACUGAAGAUAAUAGAGAACCAACCUUUGACGAGCUUACCCAAUUUAUAGCAUCCCGCGCGAGAGUAUCUAAUAGUAGGUUUGGACGGUUAGCGAAUCGUCCGAGAAAGGGAUACAACUUAAAGACAAAUUGUCACUUGCAAUUAGAGCAGGAGAGUAACUCGAGAGCUAAAUGCAGGGUGUGUUCCCAGGACCAUGCUACUUAUAAAUGUCCAAAAUUUUUAGCGCUCACCGUUCAAGAGAGAUGGUCUCAAGCAAAAGUUAAUGGCAUCUGUUUUGUCUGCCUUAGGCAAGGGCAUAAAGUUAAUGAAUGUAAGCUGGCAAAACGUUGUAACGUUAAUGGUUGUGAGAGGAAACACCAUUCUUUGUUGCACAGCGAGAGUGAGAAACCUGAUAUCCCGAAUUGUUGUGGAUUUACUAAAUCCCUAAGUAGCCAAGUGUGCCUAGGAAUGAUUCCUGUACGGUUGAGGUUGGGAAAUGCCGAAAUGGUAGGUUAUGCUUUGUUGGAUAACGGGUCGGAUGUAACGCUGAUAAAAUCUAGCUGUUUGAGGUAUCUCGGGCUGAAGGAAGACCGAGCGUCAGUGGUAGUAGAGACUGUGGGUGGUAAUAGGACAAUGCCGGUCACAAAGACCCCUUUUGAGGUAUAUUCUCUAGAUCGGUCAGGACAUGUUACGAUCGAAGGAGCUCUGAUUGUGGCAGGUAUACCAGGUCAUAAGCCAACAAGGUCGGCAGUGAACAGCCUAGUUAAGUGGCCACAUUUAAGGGAUGUACCAAUAGAUAACUUAGACUCUGAAGAAGUUCUGCUGUUGAUUGGUUGCGACGUACCAGAAGCACACUGGGUGUUAGACCAGCGGUUGGGUGGAAGAAAAAACCCGUACGCUGUGAAGACGUUGCUGGGGUGGACGGUCUUCGGACCUGCGUCAUGUCCGGAAUAUAGGAAAAGAGUUGUCAAUCAUACUAGUAAGAUACAGACUUUGGAGAAUGAAAUACGUAAACUUUAUGAUGUAGAGUUUUCUGAUGUUAAUUCAAAGGAUAAAUCAGUAUCAAUAGAAGAUAAGGAGGCUAUAAGGAUUGUGGAAGGGAGCUUAAGCUUCGAAAAUGGUCAUUUUGCGGUUCCUGUACCAUGGAAAGUGAACUCAAAUAUGAAAGGGAGGAAUUAUGAAGUGGCAAACAAUAGACUACAGAGCUUGAAGCGUAGAUUGUUGAAAGAUGACAUUCUGUAUAUCAAGUAUACAAAAGGUAUUGAAAGUAAUUUUAUUCAGGGCUAUGCGGAGAUCCUUGAAAUACAAUUGCGACCUAGUUAUCACCCCCGGUGGUACUUACCUCACCAUGCAGUUUUAAAUCCGAAAAAGCCAGCAAACUUUGCCUUGAAUAAGACGGCCCAAAUAUUCUCUGAUGGUUAUGUUGUAGAUGAUGUCAAGAAUAAUUUCUAUGUUGAUGAUUGCUGGAUAUCCAUUCCCACUUGUAAUCAAGCAAAGAGUUUCGUUAAACAUAUAAGUGAAUUAUUAUGUAGAGGAAGCAUACAGAAAGUGACUUAUCUUGAAUAUUGGUUCGAAUGCCCUACUUUAUUGCAUGGCGAAUUUUAUAUAACAAUCACUGACUGUCCGGAACAUACUCCUGACGCUAUUGAGCUUAGAAAAACUGCUGUGGGUAACUUGAGUAGUAUAAAGUACAACAUGUUACCUAUUCUCUCUUAUUAUUCCGAGUGGUUGAAAUUAAUCAGAGCUGUAACCUGGUUUAGAAGGUUCAUCGAAUUCCUGAUGGUACAUCGUGCACCAAGUUGUAAAGGAUCCGUUCAUCUAGGAUGUUUAAAGGUUGACAUCGCCAAGUGUAAGAAUUUAUUGAUGGUUCAAAGGGAAGUGUAUGGAAAAUUAUUCAGUGGAUUUAGAAACAGCAGUAAAGUAGUAAGAUAUGAUCUGAAAGGCUUAUCACUGAUAAUGCUUGAUGGGUUACUCUGUGUUACAGGUCGGCUAAGCUACUCCGAAUCCUUAAAUGCCUUUAAACAUCCAGUAAUUUUACGCAGUCGACACUUAGUGACGGAAAUGAUAAUUAGACAUUAACAUAAGGAACCAGGACACAUAGGAAGGUCAUUAGAAAAAGGAUAUAGAUAUGUGUUUACUUGUUUGCAAACGUGGGCAGUACAUAUUGAACUGAUGUGUAGUUUGAUUGCUGAUUCAUUACGUUUUAUUGGAAGAAGAAGGAAACCUCCGGAGAUUUACAGUGACAGUGCGUCAAGCUUCGUGGGGACACUUUCCGAGUUAAGAAGGGUUGUGCAGCAGUCGAAUCAGCAGAAGAUAAAUAUUGAAUUGUCAGCGAGACCCUCAUCCAACAGCAUGGCUGGAGUUUGGGGAAGAGUGAUUAGGUCUAUACCACGACUGUUAUUGUUGAUCACCAGAGAACAGAUGAAGCAGGUCUCCCUGAAGCUUCGGGUUAGUCUUUUUUGUUAUUAAUGUAGUUAGGUCGAGUAGGCGUACUGCUGUAAGUCCUACUCGUUCCUAUAGUGUAAUAUGCUACAUAAUGAACCAUGACCAUAGGCAUCAAGGUAGCUUGUGUGGUAUGGAGGGAUUUUGGGGGCCGGUGUAAGAUCCAUUUUGAAUGUUUUGUGUGUUUGUGAAAAUCCCUCCAUGUAUAUACUUGUACUUUGUUCCUAUUGAUUCCCUUAGUUGUACAUUGUUGUAUUUUGAUUACAUUUGAGUUGUUAAUACUUGUAUUUUUUAUUAUAGUUUUUGUUUUCUUACGCAUUCACUAAGUUUGUGUUUCUUCCUGAACUGCAUCUGUGUUGUUUUACUUGACACUUGUUCUUGGCGGUAGCCAUAUUGAUUUGUUCCUCCUGUUGUGUGUGAUCUAUCCAGCCAGGAUAGAAUAACGUUGAUUUGUUGUGAUUGGUAAAUUUCUUGCAUCCUUUAUCAACUUCCUUAUUUAUUGUAAUUAGAUUUGAUCAAGUGAACAAUUAUUGGUUGGAUAGCUGAGUGGUUAUAUUUGUUUAGGUAAUAAUGUACACUUGAAUUUAUGAUAAAUUAUAGAACCGCUAUCUUACCUAA